AUGGUGCGGUCCUUUCGAUUCUUCCGCGGCUUGCGGAUGCUCGUCAAGGCCUGCCAGUGCUGCCUUCCCUCGCUUUGCUGGUCCAUGGUGCUGCUGGCUGUCUUCAUGUGUAUGGGAGCCCUAAUUUUGGGAAACUUGCUGCAGGAUUUCAUCAAAGACGAGACCCAGAGCCUCGAGGAUAGAAUAUGGGUGUGGACUCAUUAUGGCACUGCCUACAGAGCUACAUACACCUUGUACGAAGUCACCUUCGCAGGGAACUGGCCCACGAAUGCACGUCCAGUGCUGGAGAGGGUCAGCCACGCCUUCGUGAUCUUCUAUUUGCUCUAUAUCACUAUCAUAGUCUUCGCUGUGAUACGUGUAAUAUCUGCCAUAUUCUUGAAGGAUACUCUAGACGAGGCACACAAUGAUGCACAGCAUCUUGUUCUGGAUCGGAUUCGGAAAAAAGCCGAGUACGUCGAACGCUUGGAGGGCGUGUUCAAGACACUCGAUGUUACUGGCCGUGGCACCCUCUCCGAGCAGGUCCUGAACCAUAUGCUCGCGAAUCCGAAGGUAAAAGCCUACUUUCAGACUCUUGAGGUUGACGUGCAAGAAGGGACGGCUCUUUUCCACCUCCUUGAUAACGGAGAUGGCGAAGUUACGCUCGACGAGUUUAUCGAUGGAAUUAUGCGGUGCAAAGGCCCCGCUCGCGCCAUCGACACGGUCGCCUUGCAGUCUGAUGUGAAGCAACUGGACAACAAGGUGACCAAGCUCAUCAGGCAGAUGAAAGAUUCCAAGCUCAUCCGAUCGAAGUCACAGGCCGAAGGAUCGAAGAACCGUGCCAACCUGAAGGUCUUCCGCAUCGACCCCCAGUCCGAGGUCAAGUUUGCACCGGCCGCCAACAAUUCGUGA